AUGUCGUUGGACUCGGAGGCAUCCUCGCAGGGCGGGGACUACCGUAGCUUCCGCCAGAUCACUCGAGAUCGUUUAUUAUUUGAAAUGCUCAGAUCAACUAGGAAGAAUUCGAAAUCAACAUGGAAGGUCCUUAUCAUGGAUAAGUUUACAGUCAAGAUUAUGUCUUAUGCAUGUAAGAUGGCAGAUAUCACAGAAGAAGGGGUUUCAUUGGUCGAAGAUUUAUAUAAACGGAGGCAGCCAUUGCCUUCACUGGAUGCCAUAUAUUUCAUCCAACCAACUAAAGAAAACAUUGUCAUGUUCCUAUCUGACAUGUCAGGAAGAAGCCCUUUGUACAAGAAGGCAUAUGUGUUUUUCAGUUCUCCCGUGCAUAAAGAAUUGGUUGCUCAAAUAAAAAAGGAUUCAAGUGUACUGCCUCGUAUUGCUGCACUUAGUGAGAUGAAUUUGGAGUACUUUGCUAUUGAUUCCCAGGGUUUCAUAACUGACCAUGAAAGGGCAUUGGAAGAACUUUUUAGUGAAAAUGCAGAAGGAUCUCACAAGUAUAAUGCUUGUCUGAACACAAUGGCUACUCGUAUAUCUACAGUAUUUGCAUCAAUGAGGGAAUUCCCUCGUGUACACUACCGUGUUGCCAAGACGAUUGAUGCUUCUACAAUGACAACACUACGAGACUUGGUCCCCACAAAGCUUGCUGCUAGUGUAUGGAAUUGUCUUGCGAAAUAUAAAACGACAAUACCUGAAUUUCCUCAAACAGAAACUUGUGAAUUGCUUAUAGUAGACCGUUCAAUGGAUCAGAUUGCGCCAAUUAUUCAUGAAUGGACUUAUGAUGCUAUGUGCCAUGAUCUGCUUUGUAUGGAUGGCAAUAAGUAUGUUCAUGAGGUUCCAAGUAAAAAUGGGUCGGCAACUGAAAAAAAGGAGGUCCUGUUAGAAGAUCAUGACCCUGUCUGGCUUGAGCUUAGGCAUGCACAUAUAGCAGAUGCAAGUGAGAGACUACAUGAUAAGAUGACCAACUUCAUUUCAAAGAACAAAGCUGCACAAUUGCACCAAGCACGAACCGGUGGGGAAUUAUCUACAAGAGAUUUACAAAAAAUGGUUCAGGCUCUUCCACAGUACAGUGAUCAAAUUGAUAAGCUUUCCCUGCAUGUUGAGAUUGCAGGAAAACUCAAUAACAUAAUACGGGAACAAUGUCUUCGGGAUGUUGGACAACUAGAGCAAGAUCUUGUGUUUGGCGAUGCUGGAACAAAAGAACUAAUCAACUUUUUGAGAACACAAUUGGUUGUAAGUCGUGAAAAUAAGUUACGCUUGAUGAUGAUUUAUGCAGCACUUAACCCGGAGAAGUUUGAAAGCGACAAAGGUGCAAAAUUAAUGCAGUUGGCAGGAUUAUCUGCUGACGACAUGAUUGCUGUAAAUAAUAUGCGUUGCUUAUGUGGGCCUGAUACCAAAAAGUCUUCAGUAGGGGGUUUUACACUGAAAUUUGAUGUUCAUAAGAAGAAGCACGCACAUAGAAAAGAGCGAACAGGGGAAGAAUCAGCAUGGGCACUAUCCCGAUUUUAUCCUAUUUUGGAGGAAUUGAUUGAAAAGCUUAGCAAAGGUGAGCUUCCAAAAGAUGAAUAUAACUGUAUGAACGACCCUAGUCCUAGUGCUCAUGGACCGCCAACCAGUAGCUCUGCCCGAUCAAGUCCCGCUCACUCUAUGCGAUCCAGACGAACAGGUGGCACAUGGGCUAGACCUCGUGGCUCUGAUGAUGGAUAUUCAAGUGAUUCUGUGUUGAAGCAUGCCUCCAGUGACUUCAGGAAACUUGGUCAGCGUAUAUUUGUUUUUGUAAUAGGUGGUGCUACUCGAUCAGAGUUACGUGCUGCACACAAGCUUUCAUCCAAGCUGAAGCGAGACAUCAUCCUUGGUUCAUCUAGCCUUGAUGAUCCUCCCCAGUUCAUCACAAAAUUAAAGUUGAUGUCAGCAGAAGAAUUGACACUUGAUGAUCUUCAGCUGUAA